CAGAUGCUCAAUGUCAACAGCUUUGCUUAAGGUUAGGAUUUUUUUACACGGGAGUUUCUUUCAGUUUGGGCUGUUUUAACCCCUGAUUCCAGGCAGAUCCGUCAUUUCCUAUUAAGAAGUUCCACAAGAUUGUUAUUGAUGGGCGUGUCAUGCUGAAGAGGCCCACACUUUGGGGUCCAGAGGCCCGUAUAAUGGCAAGUCUGGAUGAGGGCAACACUGAGUGACCUUGACCUUUGCACUGCAGUCAAGCCAUCUCUACUGCUCACCCUGGUGCUCUGGUGCACUUUGACCUCUGCCUUGCUGCCAAGACACUGCUGCCAUGCUGUGGCUGGUGACCUUUGAACUCUGCACUGCGGCCAAGACAAUUUUACCUUUGCCAAGCCAUGACCAGUGAACUCCGAGGAAGCUGCAUCACAGCCAUUAGGUUCCUCCCUUGCUGUUUGGGGAUGCUGUGCAUGGCACGGGCUGCCUUGGGCAUGGGUGUGCUGGGGCCACCCUGCCGUGGUGUGGCUUCCCUGGCUACCAAGAUGGCAGAAUACCGAAGGAUGAGGAAGCCCACAGAGCCCCAGGGAUGGGCAGAGCAAUAUCAAGAGCGUUUCAUCCCCUUCUCGAAAGGGCAGCUGGUCAGCACACUGCUUAAGGAAUUCCACUCUACUGAUGCUGAUCGUGCCUCAUUUCUGUCCUUUGUGGCUCGUGUGGACUCCUCUCUGCUGCAUCACUACCACUCUGUCAUGGGGCAUUUGCAGGCUCUGUAUGACCCCAUUAAUCCAGACCGGGACACACUACAGGAAUGGUCAUUGACAGAUGCCCAGCGCCUGGAGAACGAGCAGCAGGUGUUGGCUGCCCUGGAGCCUAUUCUGGAGCAGGCCAACUUCAACAGCCUGUCAGAGGAUGCACUGGCCUAUGCCCUUGUGGUCCAUCAUCCUCAGGAUGAGGUCCAGGUGACGGUGAACCUGGACCAGUACGAAUACAUCCGGUUCUGGGCCCUCGGUCAGCGCAUUGGGCCUCUUCCAGUGAAAUCCACCCUGAGGCCCCAGCAAGGAUUCUUUGGCACAGCUCCCCUCAUGCCAAGGCGCUAUUUCAAACGGAUGGUAGUGGCAGCGCGGCCCAAGAAUGCCCACCUGGUGCUGAAGUGCUUUAAGGACAUCCCACUGGAGGCACUGGAGCACCUGCUGCCCUUGGUGAAGAUCCGCACCUCUAUCUUCUACCGGGCUCUACUCAAUGCCAUGCUGCUGGUCAGCGGGCUGGCCCUCUUUGUCAAUGUGGGCAUGGUGGUGCUGUCUGACCUCAAGGUCGGCACCACCUUCCUGCUCCUCUGCUUUGCUGCUUUCAUGAGCUUCCGUGCCUGGAAGGUGUUUGGGCGGCGCCGCAACGUGCACUCACUGGAGCUGGUGCACAUGCUCUACUACCGCAGCACCUCCAACAACUCGGAGCUGCUGGGGGCGCUGGCUCUGCGGGCACUGGAGGAGCAUGCCAAGGAGCUCAUCCUGGCAGACAGCUUCCUACGGCGCCAGUCAGGCCUGCCUCAGCACCGCCCUAUAGAUGCCCAAACAGUGGCCCGGCUUCAGGAGCAGAUCCAGGCAUGGCUGCAUCUCCACUCGGGGCUGCACAUCUCCUUCUGUGCUGAACGUGCCUGCCAACACCUACAGAGUUUUGAGGGGGCCAGCCCACGCCCCAUGGGGGUGCCCAGCCUAACCCCACUGUGAUGUGGAGGUCACACUGACCCCUGGGACUCUACCUGCACUAUGGUAGGAGCACCCUUCCCUCCAGGAUGCUGCACUAGUACUUAUAUCUUAGUUGGGGGUGAAAGAGGAGGGAGUGCCCAACCCCACUUGGCCAGGACUGUGCUGGGGGUCCCCCCUUACAUGCUUGUUGAUUUUUGUUCCCAGUGCAUUCUGGGAGUCCUGCCAAGCUCUGUGUAUGGUAUUGCUCUGCAGUUGCUUGGGGAUUUGCUUGCUGCCUCUGGAGCUUUGUCAACCCCAGCUUUCCCUCUGAGCAUCCUACAGCCCCUCAUGUAAGUGCUGGGGUCCAUGGUGAUGAGGGGACACUGAGAGCUCAGGUGGUGGCCAUGAAGAGAAGGAUGAGGUGAGAGAAUAUGCACAGCAGGAGAUGCCAGGGGUACCACCUCCUUUUGCUUACCAAGGGGAAGGUACCCAGCCCCCACCCUGCCUCACCCAGCCCUGCUCAUUUCCUGGAGUUGGGCUAGAGCCCAGGAGUCCUGGCUCCAAGCCUGCCUGGCUCAAGGAACAGGAAUUCAGUCCUUCCUGGAGGGUCCCCGCUCUGACAAACAAGUAGCUAUGAGUGUUAAAGGCUGUGGCUGUAGCCAAACGGGUCCAGUCACCAGCCUUCUGCUGCGGGUUGCUGGUUGGCCGUCUUCUGCUGGGGGCUGUCAGGGCACAAUCCUGCCCAGCAGUGCUGUGCUCAGACCUGCAUGUUCCCUGGGCUGGGCCAGUGCCUUGCCCAGCUGCUUUGUCCAGUCUUAUGCUAAGGAGAGUCCCAUGUUAUUUCUUUGGCAACCUUCGCCCCUUGGUCUGAAAGCACUUUACAAAGGGAGAACAGCAGAUUUUAUAGAUGUGGAAAUGGGCCCAGAUGGAGCUGCACCCAGUCUACAGCAGUUGAGCUUCUGGCCCCACUCCCCUCCCUGAAGUGGGCAAGAGCCUAGGAGUCCUGGCUCCCUGGUCUGACCCCUACACCAUGCUUUACCCUGGAGCUCAGGUCCCCGGCCAGGCUCGUUAUGGUUUGCUGUUGCAGGGCAAGGAGCUUCUUUCUGGCAUGAAUGUCUUAGAGGGUGGGGUGAAUUUCUACUGUAUUUUCAGCACAAUAAAGAUGUUUCUGUCUUU